AGAAGAAAAAAGGAAACUGCGUGACGGCGCCAGCACUUCCGGGUCAGAGUCUUCAUUUUGGACCCCGGAAGCGGAAGCUCUUUCCUUUUCUGUUUCUGCUUGGAAGAGACGCACAGAGACCAUGGCUCCUCGCAAAGGGAAGGAGAAGAAGGAGGAGCAGGUGAUCAGCCUGGGUCCUCAGGUCGCCGAGGGAGAAAAUGUGUUCGGAGUCUGCCACAUCUUCGCCUCCUUCAACGACACCUUCGUCCACGUCACCGACCUGUCCGGGAAGGAGACAAUCUGCCGCGUGACCGGCGGGAUGAAGGUGAAGGCGGACAGAGACGAGUCGUCGCCGUACGCCGCCAUGUUGGCAGCGCAGGACGUGGCACAGCGCUGCAAGGAGCUGGGCAUCACCGCCCUGCACAUCAAACUGAGAGCCACCGGAGGAAACAGAACGAAGACCCCCGGCCCCGGGGCCCAGUCGGCGCUGAGGGCCCUCGCCCGCUCUGGCAUGAAGAUCGGACGCAUCGAGGAUGUGACUCCCAUCCCGUCAGACUCCACCAGGAGGAAGGGCGGUCGCCGCGGGCGCCGUCUGUAAACUGUUUCUGCUGGACUUUUUUUUUCCAAACAAUAAACCAACAGUUAACUGAG